AUGUUCGCAGUAGUGGAAUUCACCACGAAGGAGGUAUUUGAUGUACCCCUAAUAUGGAUAAGGGACAGCGAGAACUGCCUGUGGCCACCAAAAUGUACAAAUCAAUCAAUCAAUAAAAUUGUGCAAGCUUUAGAAAUACCGAAGUCAGAGUGGACACCACACCCAAUCCGAAAAAUUCAUUUCACAUCUGAAAAUAUCACCGAUGCAAGAAGGAAAAUGGACGAUAUAAUUGGUACAGUUUCCACAGAUAGCGGGGCUGUUGAAAAUAUUAAGGAAUCAACGCAAAUAUUUGAGACCCUGGUAAUAUGGAAAUUAGCUUCCAUAUUAUGUUCCAGAAAUGAAGGUGCUGAUGAAACGUUUCAAAAUACAACUCUUGUAGAUAUAACAUCUUGA